CCCCCCCCCCCAGCCGGUCGCGCCACUAGUUUUAGUUCCCUCUUCAACGUAACUGUUCCGGGUCAGUACACCCUCCUUUUUGCUAACUGUUUAACUCAGAUUCGCGUUUCUAUGUCUGUUGAAUCUGCUAUGUACAACAUCGAACCUGGUUCUGGGCGGCGCGUCUACCUGUCUGCCGGUUCUGCCAUAUUGCCUUUCGUCUACUUCCUUUUCUUCCUAGUAUAUGGCAGCCUUGCGACGCUAUGGGCUUCGGUUUUGUUUCGUAAGCGGCUGACUGCAUGCCGGAUCCACUACUUCAUGCUCGCCGUUGUCAUCCUCAAGGCGCUUAAUCUUAUAUGCGAGGCUGAGGACAAGUCGUAUAUUGAGCGUACUGGCAAUGCCCAUGGAUGGGACGUUCUCUUCUACAUUUUUAGCUUCUUGAAGGGGAUUUCCCUAUUUACUUUGAUUGUCCUGAUUGGUACCGGUUGGUCCUUCCUUAAACCCUACCUUCAGGACAGGGAGAAAAAGGUGCUUAUGGUUGUAAUACCUCUCCAGCUCGUAGCAAAUAUAGCUCAGGUGGUGAUCGAUGAGUCCGGACCUUAUGCCAGAGAUUGGAUUACAUGGAAGCAAAUCUUUCUUCUUGUGGAUGUCAUUUGCUGCUGUGCUGUUCUUUUCCCCAUUGUCUGGUCGAUUAAAAACCUUCGUGAGGCUGCAAGGACGGAUGGAAAAGCUGCUGUUAAUCUCAUGAAGCUCACACUUUUCCGACAAUACUACAUUGUUGUAAUUUGCUACAUCUACUUUACUCGAGUUGUUGUGUACGCGUUGGUUACUAUUACCUCUUAUAGAUAUAUUUGGACCAGUGUGGUAGCUGGGGAGCUGGCCACCCUUGCUUUCUAUAUCUUCACCGGAUACAGGUUUAGGCCCGAGGUCCAUAACCCGUACUUUGUGAUUGAUGACGAUGAGGAGGAGGCAGCUGCAGAGGCUCUUAAGCUUGAGGACGAAUUUGAAUUAUGAUUAUAGGUGUAGAGGGUUAUUAGAAAUUGUACUUUCUUGUUCCCCCAUGAAAGAUGACCUUUACAACCAUCCCCAUCAUGGGGAGAUUUCAGCGUCUUGUAGUCUUGGGUAUAUUAUACUUGAUAUUUUUAUCACUCCUUUACCCAUGUAGAAGGGGAUUCUCGGUCAUAUCCCCAUGUGUAACUUUCAUUUGUUAUCUUGUGUACAUUUUAUUAAUCUUUUAUCAUGGAAAGCUUGGGGCUUUAUUGUC